AUGGAAAAUAAAAUGGAACAAACUUCCCACGAAGGAGGGAAGGCAACCAAUGAAGACUCUAACAUGAAUUCAGAUGAAGAGAAAGAUAAUAAGAACUUCCAAUUUGAAGGAAAUGUUACAAGUUAUCAUAAUGAUGAUAAUGAUUAUAAAAAAGAUAAUUGCAGCUUGAUGCAGGAAGAAAAUAAGUAUAGGAUUUUGUAUAAGCAUAAUUACAAAGUACAUAUACAUAAGGAUGAGUUAAUUCAUAUUCAUUUGAAAAGCAGAUUAGAUAAGUUGAAUGUCAAUAGAAAUGCUGAACAGCGGCUUCUUACAAUUUCUUCAAAUGAGGAUACAUUAACUAAUAACGAAUUAUGUAAUGAUACAUCUUCACAACAAGGUAAAGACGAUACAUCUGUUUUCUUCUCACAGAAGGAUGUGAUGUGUAAUGCAACCCCUCUGGAUGAUGAACCAACUUCAAGCAUCAUCGCCAAUCGAGAUGAUACUUCUUACACUUCGAAUGGCAAAGCAAAUGCUAAUGACAACACAAUCGAUAAAUGUCAAGGUUUAGAUAACAUUCAGAAACAUAUUGAUUCAAUGAAGAGAUUCGAACUUGAAUCGUCUUUUAAAAAUGAUGAUGCUGAAUCUGCAAAUACAAAUCAUGAUGGAAUGAUGAAGAAUUCUCAAUUAGAUGAAAUGGAACAAAUUCAAAUGAAUUCUUACGAAACAUAUUAUCUUCAUAAGGAAAAGAGGGAGAACUUUGAUCCAUUCGAUCAGCAUGACCAUCAUGAAAGUAACAAGGGGAAACAUAGUGACAGAUGUGAAAACCACAUAAAGGAAGAAGGAGAAGAAUCCAAUCACAUUUAUGCAUCCGUGGAAAAAAACCUGUCAAAUUGUAAAACCUCCAAAGUGCAAGAAAAAGACGAAUCCCCAGAGAAAGAGAACAAAAUAAAAAUAAUAGAACUGUACAAGAUGAAACUGGAAAAUAAGAAGAUGCAAACAAAUAGACAAAAUUAUGAGUACAGCAAUAAUGCUUGCUACUCUUAUAAUGCUAGUUAUGACAGAGGUGACAUACCAAGCGAAAGUAAUCAUGAUACAAGAAUAAGAGAAAGAAUUGCACGAAUUUUCAGCGAAUCACCAUCAUCCAAACCGAAAAUAAUAAACGAACUUAAGCGAAGUGAGAAUCGUGCAAGCAGUGAAGAUGGGUUCAGGGCAGCAGAUACAAGUGGAAUCAAACAUGAAAGAAACAGCAAUGGACGAAUCAGCAAUGGACGAAUCAGCAAUGGACGAAGCAGAAAUGGACGAAGCAGCAAUGAACGAAGCAGCAAUGAUAGGGAAGGAGGAGAAAACAAAUCGAGUGGAUCCAAAAACACACUGAAAGAAGGAAGUUUGCUGAGACUUUUUAGAUGUGAAUAUUUCGACACACAUCUACACAUAAGGUAUCUAUAUGAUAGAAAAGAAAUAGGUGUUCAUGAAUAUCUUGUUAAUUCAUUAUAUACACAAAGGAAGUAUGAAGAUAUCCUCUUUUAUUUGCCACAGUUAAGCCAAAUUUCACUUGUACGAUAUGAAUCAUCUUCUCUUUAUCGCUUCUUGCUAUACAAAGCUAGUAAAUCAAUGCACUUUGCUUUGAAAUUAAGUUGGAUUUAUCACUCCAUUGUAGAAGAUAACUCAUCAAAAUAUAAAGAUUUAGCACAUAAAAUGAUGCAAGAAAUUGAAAUGGCAGUUGUUAAUUGUAAACCUUUGAAUAAUAAAUGUAAUAGUGGAAAUGAUAACAAAAAUUCAUAUCUUCUGAAUUUAGCUUACCCACUCUUAUUUAAAAGAAAAUAUAUUAUUAAAAAAAUUAAAACGAAUAAAAGGUUCAAUAAAAUAAAAUUGUAUAAAAAAUGCAUGAACAUUUCUUCCAAUUCUCCUCUCUUAAACGAUUUUAUAGAAAGCAAUCCCAUUGAUUACAGAUUGCAUUCUACUUCUUACCUUCUCAAUAAAUGGAAAAAGGACAUGUCUGUCGGUUCAUCUGGAGGAUAUCCCGCUAUGAGCAGUGUCGUGGGUAGUGGAAGUGGCAGCUGCUUGGGCAGUGCCAAGUUAUCUGAACGUGUUGAAUCCAUGAACCAAAUACAGAAAGACAAUUCCACCGAUGAGCAGCAUUAUGAAGAAAUUAGACAGAAAAGCGACAAUCCGAUUGAAUCACACUUCAUGGGUGAAGGAGGCAAUCGAACAGAACCUCAUUGUGUGAGUCAGAGACAAACUAGGGCAAAAGCAAAAGAAUCCUGCAAAAAAGAACAAUUGAGUAGCAAUAAUCCACCACCAAAGCUUCCCCAAUGUUAUAUUAUAAAUUCAGGGUGCUUGUCAAUAGCAAGAGCUAGAGUGAAAUUACCAAGUACAUAUGCAAAAUUAGGGAAUCCGUUAAGUGCAUCUAAAUUUUUUUUACCAGAUGUGAAUUACAGCUUCAAUAUGAUUGAAGAGCUACAGCAAUUCUUUAUGAAACAAAGAAGAUGUGACUAUUUUAGCUUGCUGAAUAAUUUUAUCAAUUUAACCAUUUCUGUUUCUAAUUUAUUAUCAUCAGAACAAGAUAUAGAUGUACGAAAUGAAUUAUUGAAAAGGUUUAUAUAUUCUUUAAAUAGCUGGAUGAUUAUGCGUAGAUGUGUAGUAGCAGCUUGUGAAAGUAUUUUUGCCAUGACAGGAUUGUGCAUUCCUCUUGAGUGCAUAUCCUCUCCGUCUACAAAUAUCAAAGGGAAAGAAAUCUCCAGAUCCAGUAACUUACAAAUAUUACAUUUCAAUUAUGAUGAAUGUAAAAUAUUUUUUUCCAAAAAAAGAGCUCCUUAUUUGCUUAUGUUCGAAGUUGCAGAUUUGGAUGAAGAUAUUAGUCACAUAUCGGAUAACAUUUUUUACUCGACAAAGACGACAGGUGUGGUGCCACACACCCACCACAGGGGAGAGGAUCCCCAGACACACGGGCAAGUAGAUGCAGAGGUGAAGAAGGAAGACCCAUCUAAUCAAGUAGACCAAGGAGCAUCCAACCUGAGAGACAGAAUAGGGAAAGAAGAAAUACACACCCUCCAGGGGAAGGGAAACCAUUCAGAGAAGAAUUUAUGCGCGAAGAAGGAUCGAUUGGACGAUGGAAAGAGCAGAUCGUGGGACGAUGAAGAGAGAGUUAGUGAGGAAGAUUCAAAGAAGAAGAAAAAAAAAAAAAAUACAGAAAAUGGAGAAAAUGGAGAAAUUGGAAAAAAUGGAGAAAAUGGAGAAAUUGGAAAAAAUGGAGAAAAUGGAGAAAUUGGAAAAAAUGGAGAAAUUGGAAAAAAUGGAGAAAUUGGAAAAAAUGGAGAAAUUGGAAAAAAUGGAGAAAUUGGAAAAAAUGUGCCAAAUGGAUCAAGUGGAGAAUCCAAAUCCGUGAAGCAGAAAAGGAAGACCAACUCGUAUGUAGAUCUGAACUCCUUAAAAAUGGAAGACAUUUACGUGUACAAUUGUAUAGUGAACGAUUUGAGAAAAGAAAAUUUAAUUUCAUUUCCAUCCAGGGAAGAUGACAAUAUUUCUAUUAUAAGAAAAUGUAUAGGUAUGAAUGCUGACGACUGUGAUGAGGGAGAAAUGAGCGAAGAAGAACCCAACGCAGGAGAAGCGAGCGAGGGAGAACCCAACCGAGGAGAAACUUCCAGUGGAGAAACUUCUGAUGGAGAAACCCUCGAUGAGGGGAACUGUGUUCAUUUGGACGGACGAGGAAGAAGUGAUUGUUCAGAUGAAGGAAAAUCUCAUCAGGCACAAAAUUCUAAGAUGGAAAAGUUUGGAGAUAAAAAACAUGGACAAAACAAGAACUAUUUGCAGGCAUAUCGAUCCGUAUCUAUGCCAAAUUACAUUAAUAGCUCUCUUGAGAAGUGCAACAUGAGUUCUAAUGACAAUGACAGCAACGAAAUAAAAACCUCAGUUGAAAGUAUUAAUAGUGGCAUGGGACACAUGAUUAUGAUGGAACCCUAUUCGACAGUUGACGUAGAGAAAAAAAUGAAAGAAGCGGAAAGCACCACGCAAAAGUGUAUCCAAGUGGAUGAUCAGGGAAAAGCAGAAAAUGGAAAUAACCCAAUCAACCGGCACGAUUGUGCAGUUGAUAUUGAAAGUGAUGCUAUGAUUGGAAAGGAAGCUAUGAUUGGAAAGGAAGCUAUGAUUGGAAAGGAUGCUAUGAUUGGAAAGGAUGCUAUGAUUGGAAAGGAUGCUAUGAUUGGAAGUGAGGCUAGAACCUGGAUCGAUCGUUCUGAAGGGCCUCCCCCGGGGAACGCGAGGAACUGCUACUACCAUACAUUGGAACAACCCAUAAAUGCAUUAGACAUAAACGAAUAUUUCAAACCGGAAAAUUACAUGAACGAUGAUUUUAAAAAGAAAAACUGUCGAAUCAUUAAGAGGUUACUAUGGGGAGAGUUAUUUGAGGAAAAAAAAAAAAAAAUAAGAAAAAAUUCUCCUUAUGGGAAAUUAAAGACUUGGGAUUUGAAAUGUGUAAUAGUUAAAGGAGGAGAUGAUCUAAGACAAGAACUUUUGGCUUCUCAACUCAUACGACAAUUCAAAAUUAUAUUUGAAAAUGCUGGUUUACCUCUAUGGUUACGUCCAUAUGAAAUCUUAGUUACAGGUGCCAAUUCUGGAAUUAUUGAAUAUGUUAAUGAUACCUGUUCAGUUGAUUCACUUAAGAGGAAGUUUGGAACAGACAGCAUUUCCACAAUCUUCAAUGUCGUCUUUGCUGAUUACAUAUUCGAAGCCAAGAAGAAUUUCAUCGAGAGUCAUGCCGCGUACUCACUAAUCUCGUACCUCCUCCAGGUAAAGGAUAGACACAAUGGAAACAUGUUAUUAGAUUCUGAAGGACAUUUAAUACACAUAGAUUACGGGUUCAUGUUGACAAAUUCUCCAGGAAAUGUAAAUUUUGAAACUUCGCCAUUUAAGCUAACCCAAGAAUACCUAGAUAUUAUGGAUGGUGAAAAUUCAGAGAACUACGAGUAUUUCAGAAGACUCAUUGUUAGUGGAUUUUUGGAAGCGCGAAAACAUUCAGAGGAAAUAAUUCUCUUUGUCGAAUUGAUGAUGCCAGCUUUAAAAAUUCCCUGUUUUACUAACGGCGCUCAGUUUUGCAUUGAUUCCCUAAAAGAGCGUUUCAUGACAAACCUUGCUGUAGAUGUGUGCAUCCGUCGAAUCAAUGGAUUAAUAGAAUCUUCUAUCAACAAUUUUAGAAGUAUCCAAUAUGACUAUUUCCAAAGAAUAACAAAUGGAAUAAUGUAA